AUGCCGGCCCAUACGCCCUCGCCGCACCGCUUUCUAGCCCCCAACCCCAACCCCAACCCGCACUCGGCCCCAAAUUCCACCAGGCCGCACUCAAGCCUGCGCAAUGCAGCUACACUCCAGCCUCCCGCUGCUGCAAAGACGCCCACGCCCCAGCCAGGAUUGCCCGCCAAAAAGAUAACACCCGCCAAGCGAUUUGUCAUUGCGCCGCAAAAGAAGAUUGCAUCGGAGAAUGCGAGGCUUCGGGAGGCAGGCGCAAAGACAAGCUAUGAAGCACAGCCGCAGCACGCGCCACUACCCAGACCGCGCCGGAAGCUGGAGCGCGUGGAAAGCAUCGAGGAGCCAUGCCAAUCCAGCGUGUCGGACGCGGUAUUAGACGAGACGUAUGCCUCUGGCGUCAUACCGUCGACCGAAGACCAGGAUGCGCCGCCCGACGAGUCCAGAUAUUACCCGCAAAGCAGCGACGAUGACGAAAUGCUGUUUGAAUCCACCACGCGCAACAAGCGACUGCGCAUGUCGACUCCGAGCUCGCCGCCCCUGCAGCAUGCAGAGCCUUCAACACCCGUUGCAGUACACAACUCAACAACACACCGGUUCAAAGUAGCUCCACCACCACCACCGCCACCACCAGCAUCCCGUACCCCUGCGCAUUUUCCGAGCAUCGCCUCGGUCGCUGCAUCAGCGGCAACAGCACCAUCAACUUCGCAUCGUCCCCACUUCAUUCUCCCUGCGGCGCCAACGUCUCCCCCCAGGCCCGCCAGACCACCGCCAGACAUCUUUUCCCCUUCGCGCAAGACGGGAAAACAUGUACCAGGCGGCCUCGCGGCGACCGUCUCAGCGUGGAUCAUCGAGGCGGCUACUACGGGCUUCGCGGCGCAGGAAAGGGGCGUGGCGGGUGGCGCGAGGGAAAAGGAAGACGGCGUCAAGAUGCGGAUACGCGUCAGGGGUUUGUCUAGGGGUGGAGCCCGUGAGGCCGAGAUGCAGGACAUCGGGUGCUAUGCCGGCGGUGUCGUGUUUGCGAGGGGCGAGAUAGAGCCAGGUGUGGGUAGUGCUUUGAGAGCGUCCACUCUCGCAGUCGAGAAUGGAGCUGUAAGACUUCUCCUCGCGGGCCAGGGCGGCGCAAGAAGCGCGCGAGGCGUCAAAGUCAGAGUUGGCAAUGUGAUUGCUGUACGUGCGCCUACGUGGGAGAUUGAUGUUGGACUUGAAAAGUGGCUUGUAGCUGUCGACUGGGUGGUGGUG